AUGGCGUCGCGUCUCGUCGCGCUAAUGUCCACUAAGCUAAGCAAUCCACCACGUAUCUCGACAUUUUUAAUUAAAGAUUUCAUUAUUCCCUAUGCUAGUUCAAAUACUUUCAAUUUUAUAGGUACUUCAACACGCAGUCAGUCUUCUACUUGUCCUGCAACCCAGCAGCAGCCGACGUAUCAAGGACAGGCAUCUUACAACCAACAAGGAAAUUAUCAGGGCGGUAGCCAGAGUCAGCAGAAUGCCUACAAGCAGGGGAACAGCACAUCGUAUAAGGCGUCACCUCAGCAGCAGCAGCAACAACAGCAGCAACAACAGCAGCAGCAGCAACAACAACAGUCGCCUCAACAACAGCCAGCACGGAAUAUACAACAAACAAAGCAGCAAUCCAAUCCACAACAGCAGCAGCAGCAACAGCAGCCGGGGACACCUCAAGCCCAACGUCUGAAGCCUAUUUUAAAGAGCAGUAACGUCAGUAUCCAAGGUAGUCCAGGCCAAAUUCAAGGUCAAAUCCAAGCCCAAAUUCAGGUCCAAAACCCGCCUUAUAACCAAAAUCAGUCAAAUAUUGGACAAGUACAACAAACUAAUAACGGUUUGGAUUCUAGUGACGCUGGUACCGAAAGUAUAGAAAGUGAAGUUAUAGAGGUACCAAAAUGGAGACGCAAAACACCGGGGCUGAAAGUUGAUAGAAAAUUAAAACGGUUGCGUAUGAAUCAACGUUUGAGAAAGACAUUACAGCCAAAGAACGCAAUUAUGGUUUUAAAUGAAAUGAAAACGGGUGUUCAGUUUACAUUUCCCGAAAUCCAGUCAAUGCCGAAUUCCUUGUUCUUAGUUCACGCUGAGAUCGAAGGUAAAACAUAUAUUGGUCAAGGAGUUUCAAAACCACUUGCUCGUCAAAAUGCUGCCGAAAAUGCCCUGAAGAGUUUACUUUUGGAAAAGAUGACUACCGCAGCUAUGAAGGCUCGUCUUGAUGCAGAAGUCGAAGGUGGCGCCGUGAAUAAUACCACGGGCGAAACUUCGGAAAAUAAAGAAGGCGAGACUAGUAAUAAUAUGGAAACUACACCCGAAGAACACGAUGAGAUUCCCUGGCGUUCGUUAGCAAGUUUUGCUCUGUACAAAUUAUUCCUUGAAUGGCAAAAUCAAGGUACUGUCGUUCCUGUACCGCGACCCGGUUUGUCUCCUGGGAAGGCUAAGAAAGAAAGCAAUAAAGUUAUAGUACAAAAAGAAUUACCUCCAAAUGCCAUUACAAUUCAUCCAGUCAUGCUUUUAAAUCAAAUGCGACCUGGCCUUACUUAUACAGAAAUCAGUCGCAUUGGUAAUCCCCCUAAUACUAUGUUCACGCUUGCCGUUGAAAUCGAUGACCAAGAAUAUACUGGGGCUGCAAAAAAUAAGAAGGAUGCCAAAAAAAUAGCAGCAAAAACUGCUUUGCAUGCUUUAUUCAACCUUGUUUAUCCAGAUGAAAAAGAGGAAGAUGUAAAUGUGGGUUAAAGAAUUCAUUAAUAAUACUUACUCCAUUUUAAUCUAGACAAAUGCAUUUUGCAUAAUAGAAUUGACGAUUAAAGAAGUAACAAAUAAUGACAGUAUUUGUAAUGCAUAACCGCAGUUCUAAAGCAAAAUUGAAAAGUUCUUUAUAUUUGUAAUCUUCAGAUCUAUUAUUUUAUCCUAAGAGGAUAAAGUUUUAUUUACUAUGUCUUAUUAUGCACCUUAUAGGUAAACAAGUUUGACUGUAUUCCAAAUAAUUUUACAUUACGAUGACUGUGUCGAUCGAUUCUACAUAAAAUUGGAAUAGAACUAUUAAGAUCUAAUAAUAGAUCUUAUAUGUACUACAUUAAAUUUAGGUACAAUCUUUGUACCUAAAAAUUUAUUCAAUCCAAGUAAUUUGAAAUAAAGCAUAUUUGUGACAAAAUUAA